AUGGCAUAUGUGCAGGUCCCUGGUCGACCGACUCGGCAGCUCGAACGGCCCUUUCCCAGUCCCAUCAAGCCGGUGCCGAUAUUGCGAGUGGGAUCGGUGGGAUCGGUGCUUCCACUACAUUGCAAAGCGAAGCCAGCGGUUCCUCCAUCUCCGCGUUCUUGGGCCUGGACUCCCCGCAAAGUGCCGGAACCGGUGACGCCAUCUCGGCCGAAGGCCUCUGCUCCCCGCUCGCCCGAGCGAGGAGCUCUCUUCACACCCCCUCGGCCCGAGCGCAAGGCCGAGUAUGUGACAGUCACAGUGCCAGAGCCACCAGAGCCCGUCAAAUCCGAGAAGGUUCCGGAGCCUCCGGUGCCUCCUCCGCCGAAAAUACCGGUCAUCACUCACCCGCACUAUGCCAUCAGGCGACAAGUUUGCCAGCAAGUGCUGCUCACGAAUUUGCCGGUUGGUGUAGAAGAGCAUCACAUUGUGAGACAGCUUGACGCUGCUGGCCUUGAGCAACCCUUUGUUGUGCAAGUCAAUCAAGAAGCCUCGACAUGCACUCUGUUCUACCCCCAAGUUUCGAAGUCUGCGGAUAUGCUCGUGGAAGAGGACCAUUUGCUUUUUGAGCAUGCUGGGGGGAGACAUUUACUUCCAGCGACGCUGAUGGGCAAAGUGGAGCUCAUGUGGACGGAUCCGCGCUGUCCCAGAAGAGGAGACCAGAGUUGUGAGAAAGAUCAGAGCAAAGGAAGCGAGAAGGCAGAGACACCCCGCGAGCCAGGAAAAGAAGCCGCCGAAGAACGCGCUGUUGAGUCUACGCCGGCGCUGCGCGAAAACCAGAGCUGUCAGAGCAUCCAGAAUCUGGCGGAAAGCUGGGUGCAGCGGCUCGGGAGCGAAGAGCUCCCAAGUGUGGGUUCGACUUGGCACUACAAGCACAGCUGCCGGCCAUGUCGGUUCUUGCUGACUGGAUGCAAGAGAGGCAAGUCCUGUGAUUUCUGCCACCUCUGUGAUGGGACGCAGAAGCGGAGACGUGUUGAGAAAGCGGAUGACCUGGCAGACAUGGAUGGUAGCACGGAAGCUGGGGAGUCCUUGCCGAGUUCAGACGCGAGCAAGUCCUCGGUGGAGGUUAAGUCGGAGACUGGGGAGACUGAAGAGAACGAGCCUGCCGAGCCCGAGAUCUCACACGAGGACAUGGCCAGUCUCAUUGGCCGCCUUUGGCCAAAGUCCGAGCCCUCGGACAUCUGGGAGAAGCCCAAGCCUCGCGCGGCACGUCCGAGAGCGCGGAGAGCGCAAAACAGGAAGCUAUCGAGGUUCCUCAAACUGCACGGGAAGAAGCUGUGGUCUGGAAGCCGAAAAGUCAAACGCCGAGCCGACACGCGCCGGCCGAGCGAGCCGGCUGAACCUCCACGAAAGCCGAUGGAUGGGACUCCCCUUCACCCAACUUUGUCGAGACACCGCACCUCUGACUGGCAGCUUGAGCGUGAAGUUGCUGUCCGGGAGUUGCGAUAUUCCCAACGAACUUGCGGCUCUUACUUUCGUUGUGGCCGAAAGUGUGAGGACCUGGUCAGAGACCUCCACGAGAAGAAAGUUGACCCCAGGACUGCAGAUUUCCUGGUUCUCGACGUCAUCAGGAAGAGAGAUGCGCGAGGACGCUCUGUCCUCUGGUCAGCGGACAAUCGGCGCCUUUGGGCCUUGAAGAAGUUUCAGCAAUACACACAAGGUGAGAUCAAGGUCCGAGUCCGAUUUCAAGGCGACUUCCAUGCCCUCAAGCGCUUCGAGCGUAAUCUUGACACCGACUGCGAUGGCCGUUACAUCAAGUUCCGAAAGGACUCGCACAAGUGGCUGAGGAAUCCCUUGGGACCAGCAAGGCGAAGAAGAGGCGGACGUCGCUGA